UUCUCGCUCUAGUUCUUUUCCCCCUGUAAACCAAAUUCUCCUAAUUUUCAUUGUAGUAAACAUACGAGUCUCAUUCACUCAUCAAAUUUUCAUUGUAGUUAACACAUGCCAUAAGAUUUCAUUCCAAUAACCUGUCUUCCAGACGCCACCUAAAAUUUUAAUUAGGCUUCCCUCAUCAAAUUUUCUUGCCGCCUAUCGUUUUGCUGAGUGUAGCCUAUAGAUCAUUUCAGUCCAAAUAGCCAUAACCGACCCAAAUACUGGUUAAACCGAGGCCACAAACAAGAAUUGCUUGCAUCUAGUGGUGUGCUUCUUGGCUCCUGCUCAAGGACAUGAGAGGGUUUUCUUCUUUAGCUUCAAGGUCUUCGCCUGCAUUGAGGAAUCUAGCUAACAAACCAUACAAUCAGAUAAAGUUUCAGAGACAGAUUCCAUUAAACAUUAUAUCCAGAAAGGCUUUAAACCAAUCUUCUUCAACAGGUAAGGAUUCUCUUGUACAUCCUCAACUUCGAAACCCCAGUUCAAGAGUUUCCAUUUCAGCUCGUAAACAAAACCUACAUUUUAAUAAUAAUAACCCAAUUGACCACCAAUACAUCGCUGAGGUUCUUUCGAGGAAAGACUGGUUUUUAUUGUUGAACCACGAGUUUAAAGCCAAGGGAUUUGUAUUGAGCUCUCAGUUUGUAGCAAGUGUCCUUCAUAAUCAAGGAAACCCAUCAAAUUCAUUGAAGUUCUAUACAUGGGUUUCGAAUAUUGACCCGUCGUUGUCAAAGAAUCGGUCAAUUCUGGGUGUUUUAGGCAGUACCUUUUAUAGGAAAGGUCCUCUUGUAUUGUCUGUUGAGUUGGUUCAGGACAUUAGGAAAUCUGGAUUUCAAGUAUCUGAGGAGUUGCUUUGUAUAUUAAUUGGUAGUUGGGGGAGAUUGGGCCUGGCAAAAUAUUGCGCUGAAGUUUUUGGUCAACUAUCGUUCUUGGCUUUUAAUCCAAACACAAGGUUGUACAAUGCGGUUAUAGAUGCAUUGGUGAAGUCCAAUUCACUUGACUUGGCAUAUUUGAAGUUCCAGCAGAUGUCAGCAGACAACUGUAGUCCAGAUAGGUUCACUUACAACAUUCUCAUUCAUGGAGUUUGCAAGAUUGGUGUAGUAGAUGAGGCUCUUCGAUUAGUCAAACAAAUGGAGAGUGUGGGAUUUCCCCCUAAUGUUUUCACUUAUACCAUGCUAAUUGAUGGCUUUUGUAAUUCAAAGAGAGUGGAGGAGGCGUUUCAGAUAUUAGAGACAAUGAAGGAGAGGAAUGUAAGUCCAAAUGAAGCUACUAUCAGGUCAUUUGUUCAUGGGGUGUUUCGUUGCUUGGUCCCCAGUAAGGCAUUUGAGUUACUUUUCAGAUUUGUAGAGAAUGGAACAUUUUUUUCAAAAUUAGCUUGUGAUACUAUUUUAUAUUGCCUUAACAAUAAUUCCAUGGCAAGAGAAGCUGCUCAAUUUUUAAGAGAAAUUGGGUUGAAAGGUUAUUUGCCAGACAGUUCAACCUUUAACGUGGCAAUGGUUUGUUUGAUAAAGGGUUUAGAUCUUAAUGAUACAUGUGAAGUAUUUAAAAGUUUUGUAGAUCGAGGUGUAAAGCCAGGAUUUAAUACUUACCUAGCUUUGGUUGAAGCUAUGUAUAAAUCAGGAAGAUGUGAGAAGGCAAAUGACUUUCUAGAGCUGAUGUUUAAAGAUGAACUUGUAUCAGACGUCUAUUCGUAUAACGUGGUAAUUGACUGCUUCUGCAAGGCCAAAAUGAUGGCAAAGGCAUCAGAGGCUUUCCAACGUAUGAUGCUUAGAGGUAUUGCUCCUAAUCUGGUCACUUUUAACAUACUCAUUACUGGGUAUUGUAAAGUUGGAAAGUUAAGCAGAGCACGAGAACAUUUGCUUAUGCUUUUCGAGUUUGGAUUUAAACCAGAUAUCUUCACUUUCACUUCAUUAAUUGGUGGCCUUUGUCGAGUACACCAGAUAGAGGGUGCUUUUGAUUGUUUCUUUGAAAUGAUCGAGUGGGGUGUCACUCCAAAUUAUGUUACAUACAACAUAUUGAUCCGCUCCUUAUGUGUCAUUGGAGAUACAGGAAGAUCAUUGAGACUUCUGAAAAAGAUGCAAGCAGAUGGAAUAAGACUAGAUACUUUCUCCUUCAAUGCACUUAUUCUUAAAUUUUUUAGGAUGGGUAAGAUUGAGAAAGUUGAGAAUCUCUUUUGUUCCAUGUUGGAAAUGGGUGUAAUUCCUGAAAUUGAUGUAUACACUAAUUUUAUUCAUGCAUUAUGUAAAGCUGGAAAAUUUGAUGAAGCCAAGGAGAUAUUUGUUUCUGUGGAAGAACAUGGUUGUAUUCCUGAUUCUUAUACUUGCAACUCCAUUUUGGACUCCCUUGUCCAUCAAUGCCAAUUUGAUGAUGCACGUAAUGUAAUUAAGAGUUUCAGUCAAAGGGCACAAUUCAUUUCUGGUUUUUAGGACGGGGUUUGUGAUGCUCUUGCUGCUCUGGUUAGGUUUUGGCUUGGAAGGCUGAUGGAUUAUCAGACAACAUGAUGUUUGCUUUUUUCACGUGUGAAAUCAGUGCCCAGGAUAUUUAUAGGGCCAAGACUGUUGUUCCUCUAUUAAAAUUGCACAUUUUUUCAGUUUUUAAGGUUUAAGUGGGGGUGCCCAAUUGAACCGCUGAGAACCGAGAUAUUGACUUAACAAAAGAUGUUUCUUCGUGGAUUCUAUUGGCAGAGGAGCUUAACCACAAGCAGUUGUUGAUGAUGGAGCUCAGCUAAUCUCUAGAGAGAGAGAGAGUUUUGAGCUUUAACACUAGAUUAUUCUGAAGCUUUGAUAACUGGUGAAAAUGGCGCAAACUCUUCUACAAGCUGUACCACUUUUUCAUUCCUCUUCUAUUGUUUCCUCCUCUUUCUCCAGUUCAAGGUUUCAUACAGCUACAAUAUAUUUAUACAUAUAUUAAUCUUUUUUCUUUUUGUAAA